AUGCAUUCCACCACCCCACAAAAUAAUCAUUUAAACAAAAAUAAAAUUAAUUUCUUUUCCUCAUUUUUGUGUAAUUAUCCAUCAACUACUACAAAAUCAUCAAUGGAAAUUAAUAAAAAUUUAAAUAAAAAUAAUAAAAUUAUUUCCUCAUUUUAUUCAUCCCCAAAAACCUUAAUUCCUCAAAAUUCUGAUAAUAAAAAUAAUAAUUCCCCUCCCUCCAGCGAAAAUACAUUAAAUAAUAAUUCAUCAGAAACACCCCUUCAAAAGGAUAAUGUAAUUCUGACAGUUAGGAUGUUAAUGCAGGGAAAGGAUGUAGGCAGCAUUAUAGGAAAGAAGGGCGAUUUUAUUAGACAGAUUAGAGAAAAUAGUGGUGCCAAAAUUAAUAUUACAGAUGGAAUUGUAACAAUUUCGGGUACUUUUGUUGCCAUUGAUCAAGCCUUUACUUUGAUUGAUAUUCCUUCAACACAAGCUGGAGCCAUAAAGCCACCCAUUACUCUUAGGCUAAUUAUACCAGCUUCACAAUGCGGUUCAUUAAUUGGAAAAGGCGGCUCAAAAAUAAGAGAAAUACGUGAUAAAACUGGUGCUUCUCUUCAAGUAGCAAACGAAAUGCUUAGCAAUUCUACAGAAAAACCAGUUACCAUAAGUGGUAACAGUGAAGCGCUAAUAGGCUGUAUGAAGCAUGUCUGUCACAUUUUACUCGAUUCCCCCGCCAAAGGUCCCACAAUUCAAUACAAACCUGUGGGUACCUUGACAAAUAUAUUAACACCUUCAACUUCGGUAUUAGCUUCUGUGGUUGCUUCUGGAGGAGGGGGGAAAUUAUUAUUGGGAGGGGCCCCUCAACAACAAUCUACUCAACAACCAACCCUUCCCUUAAUUGGAGGAUUACCCCCUUCCUUGUGGCAACAACAAUUAUUAUUACAACAAUUACAACAACAACAAACACAGAGAAAUAUUAUUUCGAAUAAUAUGCCAUUAUUAAUUCCUCAAUCACUUCAAGAGGUAAAUUUCUUUGAGACCUUUUUGGCCUCUACUUUAAAUCCUACACUUGUUCCAAACAGUAUUCCAAAUUUGCAACAUAUCGAAGCGCAGAGUUCUACUAGUGGAAUUCCCGGAUUUGACCCUGUUAUUGCAGCAUUAUUAGCACAACAAGGCACUUCUUCUAUUGACUAUGCUUCUAUAUUAGCUGCACAGAAGCAACAAUCUCUCUUGUCAGACCCUUCUACAAUUAACCUUCAACAUCAACAACAAAUGCUGCUACAACAACAACACUUAAAUAAUUUAUUGCUCUAUCAACAACAACAAUCGCAACUACAAACUACAACUGCGUCUCCAAAUACUACAAAUACUCCUACAACGGCUAGGUCAGAAAAUACAGAAAAUUCUGAUUUUUAA